AUGGCGUACACAUCACGCUCUACCAUGCUUCCUCCCGGAUCAUCGGGGUCAUCCCUUCGCCAACCGAGUAAUACUAUCUCUCAACAGCAGUCGUCAGCUUUAGCUGCCCGUAUUGCAUCGAAAAAGGCUGAGCUAGAGAAUCUCCAUCAACUUCGUGACAUGAGCAAUGCACUUGCAACGCAGAUGGAGACCCUCCAAUCCAAAUUGGAAACCCUCAAGGAUGGCACUGAAGCUGUGGCUUGCGUACUUGCUAACUGGGAUAAUGUGCUCCGUGCAAUCACCAUGGCCUCUACCAAAUUUACAGCCCUGCAAGCAGAAGAGAAUGACACGAACGACAAUAGUCAGGACGAAGCAGCGAAGCCGCGUUUACCCUCGACACUAGUUCGAAUUCCUGCAACUCAACAAGAAAAACACAAGGACCGUGAAACUUGA